AUGGCAUUGAGCAAAGGCGUCUAUCUGAUAUGGCUGAUGACCCUGUUCGAGCAGCUUAUUGAAUCAGAUGCAUAUCUGUCACAAUGUCAGCUAUCAGAGGAGAGCCAGCUGGUCAUUAUCCACAGACCAGCCUCAACAGACACAGAACACAACACUGCAAUAGCUCCCAUUCAAAGCUGGAUUGAGAUGAUGAAUAAACACAUCAAGGAGCAAGAAAGGGUCUUGAUCGGACUUGAGUCAAUGAUCGGACAAACCUAUGACCUGAGCGAGAACCGGAUUCAAGCCAUUCCCAGGAAAGCUUUCCGUGGGAUCGUCGACAUCAAAAACCUGCAGCUGGACAACAAUCACAUCGGUUGUAUCGAAGAUGGAACCUUCAGAGCCCUGCGUGACCUGGAGAUUCUCACUCUCAAUAAUAACAACAUCAGCCUCAUCCCCUUGACCAGCUUCAACCACAUGCCAAAGCUUAGGACACUACGUUUGCACUCCAACAGCCUGUUCUGUAACUGCCACCUGGCCUGGCUCUCUGACUGGCUACGUCAGAGACAUCCAAUUGGCCUGUAUGCCCAGUGCACAGGACCGGUCCACUUGCGGGGACACUACAUUGCCAAUGUUCAGAAGAAAGAGUUUGUCUGUCAUGGUCUCCAUUCCUCAGAGACUCAGUCCUGCAGCGCCCGAGCUGUGUCGUGCCCAGGGGCGUGCGUUUGCAGCAACAACAUUGUGGAUUGUCGUGGGAAAGGGCUGACAGAAAUCCCGGUGAACCUUCCAGAAGGCAUUGUGGAAAUACGCUUGGAGCAAAAUUUGAUCAAGAAUGUCCGUCCAGGAGCCUUCAUCCAGUACAAAAAGCUCAAACGGAUAGACCUGAGCAAGAACCAGAUCUCCGAGAUCGCAGGCGAUGCAUUUCAGGGACUCCGAUCACUCAGCUCACUUGUCCUCUACGGGAACAAGAUUACCGAACUCCCCAAAGGUCUCUUUGAUGGUCUGAUAUCACUCCAGCUUCUGCUCCUGAAUGCCAAUAAGAUCAACUGUCUACGUGUGAACACCUUCAGGGACCUGCAGAACCUCAAUCUCCUCUCCCUGUAUGACAACAAACUGCAGACCAUCACUAAAGGACUGUUUGCACCACUCCGGUCUAUUCAGACUCUGCACUUAGCCCAAAAUCCUUUCGUGUGUGACUGCCACCUGAGGUGGCUGGCUGACUACCUCCACAACAACCCCAUUGAGACCAGCGGUGCCCGAUGCAGCAGCCCUCGUCGCCUGGCCAACAAGCGCAUCAAUCAGAUCAAGGGCAAAAAGUUCCGGUGCUCAGGGUCAGAGGAUUACCGAACCAAGCUAAGCGGUGACUGUUUCAUGGACCUGGUUUGCCCUGAGAAAUGUCGCUGUGAGGGCACCGUUGUGGACUGCUCCAAUCAGAAGCACACCAGAAUACCCAGUCACCUCCCAGAACACACCACUGAACUGCGGCUGAACGACAAUGAAUUGACCAUCCUGGAGGCAACUGGCAUCUUCAAGAAACUACAGAACCUGCGCAAAAUAAAUCUGAGCAACAACAAGAUCCGAGAUAUCCGCGAGGGAGUCUUCGAGGGGGCUUCAGGCAUCUUAGAAUUGCUGUUGACGGGAAACGAGUUGGAGAUGGUCCAUAGCCGAAUGUUUGCAGGUCUCUCCGGACUUAAGACCCUAAUGCUGCGAAAUAAUCUCAUCAGCUGUGUUAAUAACGACACCUUUACUGGCCUGAGCUCAGUUCGGCUGCUGUCUCUAUAUGAUAACCGGAUAAGCACCAUUACUCCUGGUGCCUUCAGCACACUGCAUUCCCUCUCCACCAUCAAUCUUCUCUCCAACCCGUACAACUGUAACUGCCACCUGGCCUGGCUCGGCAAGUGGCUGCGGAGGCGAAGGGUUGUCAGUGGCAAUCCACGCUGUCACAAGCCAAACUUCUUAAAGGAGAUCCCAAUUCAGGACGUGGCCAUUCAGGAUUUCACUUGCGAUGUGGACAACAAUGAGAGCAGCUGCCUGCCAGUCUCCCGCUGUCCUGAGUUGUGUAACUGUGCAGACACAGUGGUUCGAUGCAGUAACAGGGGUCUCCGUGCCCUGCCCAAAGGCAUUCCCAAAGAUGUAACUGAGAUAUAUCUGGAAGGGAAUCAGCUGACUGCAAUACCCACAGAACUGUCCAAUUUCAAGCACCUGUCACUCAUAGAUUUGAGCAACAACAGUAUCAGCAUGCUCAACAAUUCCAGCUUUAGCAACCUGUCCCAGCUCUCAACACUGAUCUUGAGCUACAAUCAGUUGAGGUGUGUGCCUGUUCAUGCAUUUAAUGGUCUCAAGUCUCUACGUCUGUUGACCUUACAUGGGAAUGACAUCUCCAAUAUCCCCAGUGGAGCCUUCAAUGACCUGGCAUCACUCUCACACCUUGCUCUCGGGGCUAACCCUCUCCAUUGUGACUGUAAUCUGCGCUGGCUGUCAGAAUGGGUGAAGACAGGCUACAAGGAGCCAGGCAUUGCUCGCUGCACAGGCCCAGAAGACAUGAAUGAAAAGCUCCUCCUAACAACUCCCAGUAAUAAGUUCCAAUGCAAAGAACCAUUGAGCGUCUCUGUCUUAGCCAAGUGCAGCCCCUGCCUAUCCAACCCAUGCCGAAACAACGGCACUUGCAACGAUGACCCUACUGAGUUCUACAGAUGUACCUGCCCCUAUGGCUUCAAGGGCCAAGACUGCAACACUCCCAUCAACAGCUGCAUCAACAGCCCCUGCCAGAACGGAGGGACCUGCCAUGUCAACGAGGGAGAGAAAGAUGGAUUCAGAUGUGUGUGCCCCGAGGGCUUUGAGGGACAAGUAUGUGAUCAAAAUGCCGACGAUUGUGAGGACAACGAUUGUGAAAAUAACUCCACCUGUGUGGAUGGGACCAACAACUAUGUGUGUCUCUGCCAACCCAACUAUACAGGUGAGCUGUGUGAAGAGGUUGUGGAUCUGUGUGCCCGAGGGUUUAACCCGUGUCAGCAUAACUCCAAGUGCAUCUCCAGAGGCAGGACGCAUAGGUGUGAGUGUUUGCCGGGAUAUGUCGGUGAGCACUGUGACACGGACUACGACGACUGCACGGAUCAUAAAUGCCGACAUGGUGCAAAGUGUGUAGAUGCCAUUAAUGGCUACACCUGUGUUUGUCCAACUGGCUUCAGUGGACUCUUCUGUGAGCUGCGCCCUCCCAUGGUCCUGCCCCGCACUACUCCGUGUGACAGCUAUGAAUGUCAGAACGGGGCUCAGUGCAUCGAGGUAGAGAAGGAGCCCGUGUGUCAGUGUCUGGCCGGCUUCGUGGGGCCGAGGUGCGAGAAGCUCGUCACCGUCAACUUCAUCGGCAAGGACUCGUACGUCGUGCUGUCUGCCUCAAAGGUCCGGCCUCAAGCAAACAUCUCGCUUCAGGUUGCUACUGACAAAGACAAUGGCAUCUUACUCUACAAAGGUGACAAUGAUCCUUUGGCUCUGGAACUCUAUCAGGGACAUGUGCGGCUCAUGUACGACACAUCCAGCUAUCCCCCAACCACUGUGUACAGUGUUGAGACCAUCAACGACGGGCAGUUCCACAUGGUCGAGCUGGUGAUGAUGAACCAGUCGUUAAGUCUUGUGGUAGAUAAAGGAGUACCGAAGAGCCUGGGGAAGCUGCAAAAACAACCCACCCUUAACAUGAAUUCCCCGCUCUACAUCGGAGGAAUCCCCCCCAUCUCGGGGGUCUCAGGGGCUGCGGCUCUGCGCCAGGGGCCAGAGAGGAACUUGAAUGGCUUCCAUGGGUGCAUUCAUGACGUGCGAAUCAACAACGAGCUGCAGGAUUUCCAGCACCUGCCCAAAAUGCCCUUGGGGGUAUCGCCUGGGUGUGGGUCUUGCAACAUCUGUAAACACGGGACCUGCCGCUCCGUCCAACAACCUGGGGUUAUGUGUGACUGCCACCUGGGCUGGACAGGGCCCCUGUGUGACCAGGAAAUCAACAACCACUGCUCCAAGUGUGUCCAUGGCUCGUGCCUGCCUUCCGAUCCCGGCCAGCGCUGCGUGUGUAAUGAGGGCUAUACCGGCAGGUUCUGCGACAAGGAGGAGCUGACAGACCGCUGCCAGGAUGUGUGGUGUCACCACGGCCGGUGUAAGAGCUCUGUGCAAGGAGAGGCGCGCUGCGAGUGUGACACCAACUUCACCGGAGAGAACUGUGAAAGAGAGCUCCCCUGUCAGGGAGAGAUGAUCCGGGACGUGUACAGGAAGCAGCAGGGCCACACCUCGUGCCAGACCUCCGCCAGAGUGCCACGGCUAGAGUGCAAGGGGAGCUGCGGGAGCGGCGGCUGCUGCGUGCCUCUACGCAGCAAGCGGCGGAAAUACGCCUUCCAGUGCACGGACGGCUCAUCCUUCACGGAGGAGCUGGAGAGGGUGGUGGAGUGCGGCUGCUCCACUUGUUCCUCAUAGAACUCAAUAAGAAGCGGGUGUUAACAUCAGCCCCCGCCUGCACCACCCUGGGAGCUCUUCACUUUCACAGUGGACACAAGCGAAAUGGAAAUAUAUUGUAAGAUAACAAAUAGAACCUAUUUUUAUUAUAAAAAAGGACUAUUUCCCUCAGUUAAUACAAAAUGUAUCUCAUUGUCUGGGUAUAUAUAUAUAUCAUAUUGUGUUUUUUGUCGAGAGUUUUUUUUUAACCAUUUAUUAACCUAACAGAGGAAUUCUAGCAGAACGCCAGGCUGCCCUGAUUGGUGGCCGGCUUGCUUGCUUUGAGAACGUUGACUCUCGAAGGUGUCACCUCUGGUAUCCAACUCUGAGAUCGGGUGUGUUCAGAGAGGCUGAAACCUGGAGCGCUUCAGUUACCCACAUCAGCGGAGCCUCAGCGGGAAUGGUUGUGACCCUUUGUUUAACUAUGGCUUCACCUCACCAGCGCAGGUCUCCAUGGAGCACGUGGAAGAACUCAUGCACACAAAAUGACACGUAAUGUUACAGGUGUACAGGCAGAAUGACCGUGAUACUAUGAUAUACACAGAAUGACAUGCGAUGUUACGAUAUGUAUAUGCAGAACGACAUGAUGUUAGGUAUGUACACAUAGAAUGACGUGAUGUACACAGGAAAUAAUAGAUGAUGACAAUCCCAACUGUAUUUUAAAAUAAUAAUCCGUUCAUUUGAUUUAGCGCUUUUAAAGUCGAAAUGUCACUAAGUACUUCAGAGCUUUUCUGUAAAGUGUAGUGACUGUAUAUUCAUAGGUGAACCCAGCAGCUAAAUUGUACUCAGCAAUGUACUACGAACAACCAUGUGACCAAUUUUGGGGAUUGUUGGCCAAGACACUGCAAGAAGCUUCCUUCUCUUUUUG